GUUUGGCUGAAAAAUAAAUUGGUAAUAUGAAUGGGUACAUGCAUGGGCAUAAACAUCUAUUUAAAUACAUACGCAAAUAACUUAUGACUAAAUACGUACGUAUGUAAGCGUGCAAACAUCCAUCAAUCCCCAUCUGGCUCGGUUACAUAAGCAGUAAUGUUGGUAAUGCACAUAACAUCUCGCCCUGCCGCAAUCUCUCAACGUUUGCAAAUAAUAUUCGCAAAACUCCUAAUUCCUUCAUUGCAAGUUUUCUCUUGUACUUGAGCAGUCUUCUUUUUAAAAUCCUUCGCAAUUGCUUGCAAAGUGUUGAAUCCUGUUGAAUCCAUACAAAUAAACAAUGUCGCAGCAGAACGUAGAGGAAUCUUGCAACUGGAAGGAGCAAAUUCUUGUCAUUGGAUAUACCAGAGUACUUCAAAGCGUAAUAGCUCGUGGAAAAUCAAGCUGGGAUACAACUACUGGACAAGACUUUUUUUCCUUUCUCCUUUCCCUGGACCAGGAACAGUGGGAUGACGAAGAACUCACCUUACUUAAAGGGAGGGAUCACUUCAAAUGGGAUGCCUCCCUUUGCGUCAAAAUACUUUUAUCACCCUCACAAAUUUGGAGCCCGUAUCCUUCCCCGUUCUCCUUCGACCAGUAUGAACAAAACGCAAUCGAAAAGCUUCAAAAUUUCCAUGAUGGCAUAAAACAAUUGAUAAGUCCGGUCGUCACAAGGGAGCAAUUUGAAACAGAUUUAAAAACCGUGUCCCGAAUGUUGGAAGCAUUAAACAUAUCGCAAAAUCGGAUAGGGUACAUCAAGGCCUCGUUCGAUCUUGCACCUGACUGGGAAAAUCUGGAUUCUUUCGAAAAUUUGGAGGACAAUGCUUCCCAAAAUGGAAAUUUAGACGAGCAGUUAAAAAACUUACACCGAUUUUCACCCGAUCAGAGGUGCACACUUAUUCCCAAGAGUUUACUCAAAUCGCAUCCCAACGAUGGAUCCGAUUGUGACGAGAUCCCUCCACCAACUAUAGGCCUGGUUGAUGAUGGCGAGCAAAUUAGACUUGGAGACCACACUUAUCCUACGAACGUAUGGAAUCAUGCACAAAUUGAGUUCGACAACGGCGGGACGCUACAAGCGGGAAAGUUUCUAUUUCACGCAUUACUCACACAAGAAGAAAAGAGAACCAUGACUUGGAGUGGGAGAAAUGGGACGCAAGCAUAUCCACUAAGCACGGUGAACGCAAUUCUUGAUGCACUGAAAUACUUUGAAGACAACUCAGGAAAUGUUUUACGAACCCCUGAGAAAAUGAUUGUCAUCAAGGUUUUUGUCGAGACUGGAAACCAAUGCCGGAAAAUGCGUUAAAAAUGUGCGCAAAAAUUAUCUAAAUCUUGACCAGUAAAUCAAAAUGGUGAUCCUUCAAUAAAAUGUGUAUAUGAUGUCUCUAUUUUAAAUGGUUCGGAUGCCAAUUAAGGGCAUAAUUUCAAUGAAACGUAUUAAUAAAAUGGCAUUAAAUAAAAUUCAGUAUAUUUGUGUCA